AUGCGGAAGAAAUGUCCGCAAGGUAAAAAAUUGUUGAAAAAGGCGACGCGUCCCUUUGUAGGAGCUUUUCGAAGGCGUAUACGAGCCAAGAAAAACCUUAUUUCCCAGUUUGGCCAGACCGGCUGCAUUGGGUGCGACGGUAAAUUCUCUAUAGGCAUCACCAUUGAAAAGUAUGUCCUUAAUUUAGUCGUGAGAAUCAUCAUUGUGUUCGCCCUUUGUCGUAUAACCGAAUUGAGUGUCUUUGAUUCAUCUCUAAGGUGUAAAAGCAGAAAAACCAGAUUAUCUAAAGCUGCAAGAAAGAAAGAAACUGAUCAUUUUCAUGAACAGUGCAGAUAUGUGGAAGUGAAAUUUGGCCUGCAGAUGGCAUAUCUGCAAUCCUAG